CUGAGAUUCGCCAUGAAUGGUUACGGAAAACUAUUGUCGUUCAUAUCAUUCUUCACUCAUGCGUUAUACGUAUCUUGUCUUGUGUGCUACUUAGGAGAUGAAGAGAAUUUGCGUCGAUCAGAAGUGAAUGCAGGAAGGAGUUUUUGCUCUUUCCAAGUGAGUAAUCCUUGCGAAUUUGGUAUACCACAUACCUACCACGCGUUUGGAGUUGAUCAUCAGUGGCUCAAGCAAUGCUUUUUUAAUGAUAACACAAUUACUUGUUCAUGUGAUACCGAUGAGUGUAACAGAGAUAUGAACGUUAUAAAGAAGCGCUGGGAGGAUACAAUAGGCAUUGAUCCGACAAUUAAGAAGUGCGUUGCAGAGCAUUUGCAAGAAAUUGAGGAGGAAAUAAGAGAGAACGAUGCAACUACCGCUGUGCCGAAUCAAGCCGAACAAUCUAAUGCUGCACAAAAAGACAAAGGUCAAGCAACCGGCAACAAAAAGGCAAAAAAUGGCAGCAGAUCAAUGAGUGAUUUCAUCAUCUUCUUGAUCUUGGUGGUAAUAGCACUGAUCCUCCUCAUUGCGAUAAUUCCUGCUCUCCUUUACUGCAUGGUGUUGAAAAAUAGACGCAGCGAGAGAAAGAAGGAGAUGCUAGAGCAGCAAUCUUGCUGGGAAUUUGACUAUGGUGAGGCAAUUUGA